GAAACACCAUUCUCUCGUGACGAUUAUAUGCUUACAUCGUUUCAAAAUAUCGAACGAUGGCUUGUACACCCGUCGUUAUAUUCCACGCAACCUUCAGGAAGACUUGUAGAGAAGCUUCCUUCAACAGGAUCUUCACUGCAGCGAUGUCUACCGCCCGAGUGAAAAUCCGCUCUAGUUCUGAACCAUCGAGGUCACUAGUAACACAGUCUCCUGAACGGUCAUCCGCAUCCGGUUUGACAUCACCUUCUCACCUUUGGACAAUGUUUAAACGGGCAGUCACGACUUCUUUUACUGCGAUCGUGGGAGAUGAUUCCAAAUGUCGAGGCGAAGGCAUGAAUCGCGACUUUGAACCCCAGGAUGCCAAUUUCGCCUCUCCCUGGUUGAGCUAUGCGAAUACCUUGGAGGUAAUAAUGUCGUAUAUGAGACUCCUUGUGACAACCAAGUUGAGGUCGAAGACGAUCAAUCCAGCUCUUUCUCAUUGGAGACUUGUGAUCAGUACUGCGCAAGCACCCACACACCAUGCCCCUUGUGACGUGUUAUCCUUUUCAUUCGUACCCUCGACGGCAUGCCCGGAUUCCAGGAGGCACACAGUCACCAAAAUGCCUACAUCCAGUACCAGUGCACGUAAAUCGUGUCAAUUGGCCAAGUCGCUACCAUGAGGCAGCCUCCGUCUUAGUAACAGCAUUUUGAGCAAGUAGGCGGCAAUUCCGGGGGACGACAAAGAAACGGCAGCUCAUUCU